AUGUCGACCGCAGCAAAUGGGAGCAACCAGCGCGUACCAGCCGACGAUGAGGCAGCACGGAAGGUGCGUAUCCGGGCUGCCUUCGACAUGUUCGACAAGGAGAAAAAAGGACGCGUCAUUCAAGAAGAAGUGAGUACGAUCAUGCGGUACCUCGGUGCUUACCCGACCGAGAAGGAUAUCAUCAAGAAGAUCCUCCCGGAAAUGCAAGAGGACGAACCAUCCACUUUUGUGACGUACGACCGCUUCGAGAAGAAAAUGCUGGAAGUGCUGUAUACCAACGAGUACGACCCAGACACAGAUGAGACGCUGCUGGCCGCGUUCCGGGUAAUCGACACGGAAAAGAAAGGUUACAUAGAGGCGGAGGUUAUGCGAGAGCUGAUCACUACAAAAGGCACUCCUUUUCGAGAGAAGGAGAUGGAAGCGUUUUUUGCAGCGGCGAAAGACCCUUCGACUGGACGAAUUUACUACGAAGACUUCAUCGCAGUGUUGACGCAGGCGCUGGACCCGAAGAAGAUCUAA